CUGACAUCAAGCUCCAACCAGCAGGGAGGGACCACCGGAUCGCCGCCGCUCUGUGAUUGGCUCAGAGAGGGCCGCGCGCCGGGCACAAAAAGGGAGGGGGCAAGAAGUUUUAGGAUCCCCUCCUCCAACCCUCCACCCACCCCAUCCAGCUGUGAGAGGAGGUUGGGCUGAUGGACGGAACCUGGCGGAUGCAGGCUUUUAGGGAGACCAGGGCUGGAGCGCACGGGCGCYUUUCCUGAGCAACAAUAGAAAAGGAGGAAGAACAGGAGAGGAAGAGGAGGAGGAGGACCUCGGGUGUUGACGCCUGCUCGUGCGCAACGACGGAGAUGCGCUGCAGCAUCUUCAUGAAUUAUUAACUCCAACAAUAAGUCCGAGGGUAGAUCUGCGGCUAUGGAGGCAGGGAUAAGUAGCGGAUUUCUUCCUAGGAUGAGGAGAGGCAGCGAGGACCAGAGCGGGMAGCGCUUCUGUUUCUUGCCUUUUUAAGCUUUUGUCCAUCUGCUCCGAACCGGAGGGGGGGAUUUACCGAGAAGUUAACGACCUCAUUCUGACAACAGGCUGAGCGCAAAUCUCUCAGUUAUUAUUAUUAUUAUUAUUAUUAUUAUUACCACGGAGAUGAAAAUAAAGUGUUUUUGAGGCCCCUAAAGAGGCUCCUCGAAUCCCGGAGACAGGAGAGGGGGGACCCGGGCGCACCGCGAAGACGCAGCAGCGUACCACCUGGAAACUACAGUCCGCACCAGAAGAAAGAAGGAGAGGGUCUCCACUUUUCUCCCCGCUCCUCCUUUUUAUUUUGUUUUUGUCCAACAAAUCGAGUUAUUUUUAUUUAUUUAACCUAUUUUCUGGCUGCUGCGGUCUUUAUAGCCCCGACAAAAACUGACCAUGCAGUGACUGAGCGCGCUUUGGACACAUCUACGAAGUCCWUUACAGGAGCUGAGUGAUGGCCGAGGAUGGGGGGAUAAAUCUCUCCGGGGCCCCCGACGUUGGGGGCUCGGAGGGUCGCUCCUCUUUGCCGAGGACUUUCAUCCGGCUCAACGACCUGUCUGGGCUGGGGGCUGGAGGCGCGGGGGAUCUGGUGAUGAUGGAGUCCCCUGCGCCCGACGGGAUCUCUGCGGCUGGGGACGAGGGUUCGACGCACGGCGGGGAGAGCCUGCCCUACCCGACGUUGGCCCCCGUGGUUUUCUUCUACAUGAAACAAACCACGAGGCCGCGCAGCUGGUGUCUGAAAAUGGUCUGCAACCCAUGGUUCGAGCGAGCGUCAAUGCUCGUGAUCCUGCUGAACUGUGUGACCCUGGGCAUGUUUCAUCCCUGUGAAGAUAUCAACUGUGACUCGGAGAGGUGCAAAAUUUUACAGGACUUCGAUGACUUCAUCUUUGCAUUCUUUGCCAUUGAAAUGGUGAUCAAAAUGGUGGCACUGGGGAUUUUUGGCAAGAAGUGUUACCUUGGAGAUACAUGGAACCGCUUGGACUUCUUUAUAGUUUUGGCUGGGAUGUUGGAGUACUCACUCAACCUCCAGAAUGUUAGUUUUUCAGCAGUGAGGACGGUUCGCGUGCUGAGGCCACUAAGAGCCAUCAACCGGGUGCCAAGUAUGCGCAUCCUGGUAACCCUGCUGCUGGACACACUGCCCAUGCUUGGGAACGUGCUGUUGCUUUGCUUUUUUGUCUUCUUCAUAUUUGGGAUUGUUGGUGUCCAGUUGUGGGCCGGCUUGCUCAGAAACCGAUGCUUCGUCAAAGACAACUUCUCCUUCCCUCUGUCUGUGGAGCUUGGGAAGUACUACCACACUGAAAAUGAUGAUGAGAACCCCUUCAUCUGUUCCAUGCCACGAGAUAAUGGCAUGAGGGACUGCGGCUCGGUACCCAAGCAGUAUGAUGAGGCAGGCCAGCAGUGCAGUCUAGACAUUGACUCUUACAACAGCACGGACAAUACCACUUGCGUCAACUGGCACCAGUACUACACCAACUGCUCCGCUGGUCUCAUCAACCCCUUCAAGGGAGCAAUAAACUUUGACAACAUCUGUUAUGCGUGGAUUGCCAUUUUUCAGGUGAUUACUCUGGAGGGAUGGGUUGACAUCAUGUACUUUGUGAUGGAUGCUCACUCUUUUUACAACUUCAUCUACUUCAUUCUACUCAUCAUUAUUGGCUCAUUCUUUAUGAUCAACCUGUGCCUGGUGGUCAUAGCUACUCAGUUCUCAGAGACCAAGCAGAGGGAGAGCCAGCUGAUGAAGGAGCAACGAGUGCGCUUCAUGUCAAAUGCCAGUACUCUGGCCUCCCUCUCUGAGCCGGGCUCCUGCUACGAUGAGCUGCUCAAAUAUCUGGUUCACAUUAUUCAAAAAGGAGCCAAGCAAGUGGUGCAUGCCUGCAGGUUUUUAGCUCACCAUGCAGGGCUUAAUGUCGCUGCUUCAUCACCACCUACAGAGCCCCAACGCAGUCAGAGCAAGAGGAGAAGGAGGAAGUCCUCUAGGCAGGGGUCUGUAUCAGUUCAUCACCAUCAUCAUCAUCAUCUGCAUCACUACCAUCUAGGGAAUGGUAGUGUGAGGGAUGGAGAGAGCAUCAGGUGUCUGGAAGGGCAGGAUCUUGAAGCUGGGAGUCGAAUCAAACAUGAAGGGCCCCACAGAGCAACCACUGGAAGUUGGCACACUGCUUUGGCACCACUAUCUACUAUGACAGCAACAACUUCUGACUCAAACCUUGCCACUUUAUCUAAUAAAAUUGCAGAAUCUGCCAGUUCACCUUCAGGUUGUAGUCCACUCAGCAAAGGAGCUCCUUGUUUCUUUCCUGUCAGUCCAGGAAUAGCUCCAGUCACUUACUUGGCUCCAGCUCCAAAGUUGAGAGUCAUGAAGAGGAACUCUGUGCCAUUUGCUGCCCCUGCACCUAAAAACUACCCCACCCUCCAGGCUCGAGCCUUAGCAGAGUCCAGACGAGGAAGCAUUGCUGCCAGCACACUAACAAAUAUCAGUUUUAACCUCAACAUCCCACCAAUGCCUUUGGAGAGACGACCAUCGAGCCUGGUGGACACACAUACUGCAACAG